AUGGUUUAUCCUGAUAAAGUUUUUGAUUUAUCUGGUUUUAAACUCACUAUAAGAAAGGCUGAUCAAAUGGAAUUCGCGGAUAUUGCAAAAGAAUUAAAUAGAAAAUUAGAUCUAUCCCAUUACUUCGAAAAUAUUAUUAAUGGACUUUGUGCCCAAUUUAUUAUGUAUGAUAAAAAAUAUGAACCACCAUCUACUAACAAAAUCAUGAAGAUUACUAAUUCAGAUGAGAAAUAUAAACAAAUUAAUAUAUAUGCUCAAAACAAGGCCAAGAAGUGGCUUGAGUUAUAUAUUAAGGAGAUAAAUGUGAUAGAUGGAAUCGCUUAUAAAAUAAUAUCUAAUCGUGAAUAUGCUUACAAACACGCUUACAAGAAUGCAAUCAAAACUGUGCAAUUUAUAUUAUAUCAGAAGUUAGUAUAUCAUAUGCGAUAUAAAGAGCAUAUAACAAUCCCAGAUAAAAUUGGCCAACCUGAGACUAUGAGAAAAAAUGAGAUGAUUACUGAACAACCUACCUUAUCUCAUAUAUCGAAAACAGAUCAAUUAGCACUUGAGAGUUUUCUAAAUACAUAG